CAAGUGUCAUCACGCCUGGCUAUCAAAAUGGAAGUGAAUUUAGCUACAGGUGGAAAGUCCAUUGCAAAGGCUUGUUUUGUCACGACUGGAGCUACUGCCCCUUUUGAGGCUUUGAUCGAAUCCGUCCUACACCCUUCAUCGAUUGAAGCCUUACAAAACGCUGGGUAUACACACCUCUUGGUCCAAUAUGGAGCCGCAAAGAAGCUAUUCGAUGACCGCGCCAAGAUCGCUCGUCAAAGUUUGCUAGAACACCCCCUAAAAACAGAACACCUGGAGAUCGGUGGCUUUGACUUCAGCCUAGAUGGCUUGAAAGAGCAGUUCCAGCUGGUACAGUGCUCGAACGGAGUCGUCAUCUCGCAUGCCGGCUCUGGGUCGAUCCUCGCAGCACUACGAUAUCAAGUCCCUCUCAUAGUUGUUCCAAACACGCUCCUGCUUGACAACCACCAAGACGAAUUAGCCAACGCCAUGGCAAAAUCUAAUUACCUUCUUCGAGGCGAUGUCAAAAAUCUUGCGCCCGCUAUCCUCGAAGCUGAGAACUUUAAACAGAAGAUGGCACAGUUUCCGCCGAUCACUAGCGGGAAACAUCGCGAGACGAAGAGCUUUGCGGGUAUUAUGGACGAGAUGCUAGGUUUUGUCGAGUGAAGUAGAAGGAGCUAGAUACUGACGUAGCAUCCUAGAAUAUGGCCAGCCCGAAGAUGAAUGGAGCCUGGCGCAAGAUUAACUGGCGUGACGUUUUGAAAGGCUCGGCUCGCUUUCUAUUUGGAUGCCGAAAUGCAGCAUGGUUGGAUACUAAACACGGAACGCCGCGCUGGAGUCGAGCGCGAAGAGUUUGGAGAAAUGAUAUAUCGGCAGAUCACGCUGAUGUAUUCUCCCGGGAAUAGGGUUUUCUGCCUUUGCGUAUGUUUUCUGUAUCCUACACCUCUUUUGCGGCGCGGGACCAGCUGAAACAUUUAUCGGGGCAAAUGUUCUAUAGCGAGGUAAAUAUUUCCUUAUCCGUCAAAAGAGCACGGAAAUAUGCAUGUCAACGCGGAAA